CAACCCUAACUGUCAUAUUGAAUCACCCAAAAAUAGUACUUUAAUCCCCUUCGCAAACACUUCAAAGACACAAGUGGGGGAUCUGAUCUGAAUAACUCAGGUUGCAGCUCAAUUCAUUCUAUACCAAAACCCUAAUACUUCGUUCUACUCUUCAAAAUGGCUGAUUCUCCCCCUCGAAGGAAUUCUAGGUCCCCUUCACCCUGGAAAGCUCAAUCGAGGUCUAGAUCGAGGUCAAGGUCGAGGUCUGUACCAAGACAAAGGCCAACAUCCAAUUCAAGAAGCCGUGGCAGAUCAAGGUCUCGAAGUCCUGAAAGGGCCAAUGCUACAAAUCCUGGUAAUACACUAUAUGUUACUGGUCUAUCUUCAAGGGUCACUGACCGGGACCUAGAGGAGCACUUUUCCAAGGAGGGAAAGGUUGCUUCAUGUUUUCUUGUGGUGGAGCCACGUACCCGAAUUUCUCGUGGUUUUGCUUUUGUUACAAUGGAUUCCCCUGAGGAUGCUGAGCGCUGUAUUAAGUAUCUCAAUCAAUCAGUUUUAGAGGGUCGUUACAUCACUGUAGAGCGGUCACGGAGAAAGCGUGCAAGAACUCCAACACCAGGGCACUAUCUUGGACUGAAAAAUACAAGAGAUUAUGGCCAACGCGGCGACCAUCGGGGAGACCAACGUGGUGACUAUCGUGGUGACCAUCGUGGCGACCAUCGUGGUGACUAUCGCGGCGAUCAACGUGGUGACCGGGGAAGGAAUCGUGGUGGUUCAGGUCGGGUUGAUUAUUCAUAUCGUAGGUCUCCAAGGCAUUCACCAUACCGCGGGGGCCAUGAUCAUUCACCACAACGCUCACCCUAUGGUGGGAGGUCUAGGAGGGAGAGGUCUAGGUCCAUUCCUCAUUCCCCUUAUAGCCCCGACAGGAGAUAUGCUCGGGGAUCUAGGGGAGAGAUGUAGGUUAGCUUGUUUCUACCUGCGAAUAGGGGAAGAUAAAUUUGUUAACUAUUUAUACUACGACUAUCGGUUUGUGCGUACGCAAUGUGUGUAUUGGUAGAAGCUGUUAUUCUAGUAUGACUAUCAGUUUGUGCCUUAUUAUCCAAGUCACACAGGAAGUUGGUUUGAUCGCGAGUGUUUAAAUUUUCUUUUUCAAGCAUUUAAGAUUUUGUUAAAUCGUGCCCUUGUAUCCAAGGAAUUGUAUGUGUCUGCAUGUCAUGUCCCAAAUUCUGUGAUGUAUGCUCACGAAGUUUUUUAUGAUUUGAUGGGAUCGCUGCCUUUAUUGCUUCA